ACAGGAGUACCGCAUUGCAGAACAGUGGAUUACCGGUGCCGCUCUGUCGUCAUCGGGAUUGGUGAAGUGAUGUAAGGCGCUGUAGAAGGGACUUCUCCGACCAAAUGAGCACUGUUUGAAACAAGCUGCGCUGCACAUGCUGAAACAAACGCAAGUUCACGCCCGGUUCAUCCACGUUUUGUCCGUGUCCCUGUUUCCGCCCGCCUGACUCGUGCACCUGCAGUAAGUCAGUCUGUUGACCACCAUGGCCUCCGCUGGUUUGCUGCUCCUGGCCCUCUGCUCCUCCAUCUCCAUCACAGAGGCGGUUCUCUUUGGUGAGCCAAGAAUUUAUGGAGAUGAUGCAACCGGUUAUGGUCCCAUCUUUGAGGAGGAGCCGGUGGAUGUGGUUUACUCUGAGGACUCACCCGACAACAGAAUCUCCAUGAACUGCAGGGCUCGGUCAAACCCACCAGCUUCAUACAGGUGGCGUCGUGAUAACUGGGAGAUCAAGCUGAUGGAGCAGCCAGAUGAGUUCUACAGCCUGGUGGGGGGGAACCUGGUCAUCACCAACCCUAGACAGAAGAAGCACGCCGGCACGUACGUGUGCGUGGCCAAGAACAUCUACGGCACUGUCAUUAGCAAGGAGGCUAGGGUCAAGUUUGGAUUUUUGGAGGAGUUUUCUGACGAGGAGAGAACUCCAGUUUACAUCAAAGAAGGACAGGGAGCAGUUCUGCUGUGUGCACCUCCAAAAGCCUGGCCCAAGGCGGUGACCUACCGCUGGAUCUUCAACGAGUUCCCAGUUUUCCUGAACACAGAUCGCCGCCGAUUCGUUUCCCAGCAGACAGGGAACCUGUACAUCUCCAAGGUGGAGGCUCAGGAUGCAGGAAACUACUCCUGCUACGUUUCCAGUCCCAUCACCGGGCAGAGUGUCUUCUCCAAGUUCAUCCCCCUCAUCCCUUCACCCCCCGAUGAGGGGGAGGAAAGGAAGUACCCUGCAGACAUCAGGGUGAAGUUCCCAGAUACUACUGCCAUGUUGGCCUCUAAUAUUACAUUAGAGUGCUUUGCUCUGGGAAAUCCCAUCCCUUAUAUUGUUUGGAGGAAGGUGGACGCCACAGACCUCCCAGCAACUCACGAGAUCAGUGAAUCCGGAGCCGCGCUUCAUUUGUACAAUGUGCAGUACGAGGAUGUGGGAGGAUACGAGUGCGAAGCCAUCAACACUAAAGGGAAGGACUGGCACAAGGCCUGGCUCUAUGUGGAGUCUGCCCCAGAGUGGGCUGAGACCCUCAACAACACUCAGAUCGACAUCGGCUCCGAGCACACCAUGCGCUGCGUGGCCUCAGGGAAGCCCUUCCCUUUCAUCCGCUGGUACAAAGACGGAUAUAUGUAUGGUAAAGGUGAGCUGAAGUUUUCAAGUCUGACUUUUGAUGACUCUGGGAUGUACCAGUGUAUUGCUGAGAAUUACUGGGGCAUCAAAUAUGCCAAUGCCGAGCUGCGAGUCAUAGCCUGCGCUCCCACAUUUGAGUUUAACCCCGUAAAGAAGCAGCUUCUUGGAGCCAGAGACGGACGAGUGGUGAUCGAGUGCAAACCCCGAGCGGCUCCCAGGCCUCGGUUCACGUGGACAAAGGACAAAGAGCUGCUCUUUAACAAUUCACGCAUUUCCAUCCUGUUUGAUGGGACUCUGGAGAUCUUCAAUGCCACCAAAAAUGAUGAGGGCACCUAUAACUGCUUUGUCGAGAACGACAGAGGGAAGGCCAACAGCUCUGGUUAUCUCACCAUUACAGAGGCGACCAGCAUCACGGAGGCUCCUGAAGACACUGAGGUCAAGGUUGGCGAUGAGGUCAUUCUCAAGUGCACUGCAUCAUACGACCCCAUGCUGGACAUCACCUUCAUCUGGGCCAUAGAUUUCAGAGUCAUCGACUUUGACUCGGAGUGGCAACACUAUGAACGUGUUAUGACUGAAGAUGGCACCGGUGACCUUAGAAUAAACAACGUCCAGAUUUGGCACGAGGGUCGUUACACCUGCACGGCUCAGACGGUUGUGGACAACGAUACAGCGUACGCUGACCUCAAGAUCGUAGGUGUUCCUGGUCCCCCUGGUGUGAUCCGUAUUGAUGAGAUCGGGGACACGUGGGUGAAGCUUUUGUGGAGUAAAGGAGCAGAACAUAACAGCCCCAUUCUUUACUACACCAUUCAGACCAGGCAGUACUGGGCUCUGUAUGAGGAUGACUGGAAGGAUGCCAGCACCUCUCCAACCGUUGUUGACGGCAGCUUUGAGAAGGUAGAGGUGACGGACCUGUUCCCCUGGAUGGAGUAUCAGUUCAGGAUCAUCGCCACCAAUGAGUAUGGUUCCGGAGAGGCCAGCAUCCCCUCCCUCAAGAUCAAAACCUGGGAUGCUUCUCCAGUGAUUUCACCCACUGAUGUAGCAGGCUAUGGAGGCAGAAAUGGCGAGAUUGUGAUUACAUGGACACCUGUGGAGCCGUGGUAUUUCUACGGCAAGAAGUUUGGCUACAUUGUCGCGUUUAAGCCUCACGACGCUUACGACUGGUGGUACAAGACCAUCUCGGACCCUGAGACGAGGCGUUACGUCCACAGAGACACCUAUUUCAUUCCCACUGAGGAAGACUUCCAGGUGCGAGAGUUUCAGGUGAAGGUCAAGUCCUUUAACGUGAAAGGAGACGGACCGUACAGCCUCACCAAAGUCAUCUACUACCCACGAGAUGUACCUAUAGAGUCUCCGACAGACGUCUAUGCCAGGCCGGUGUCCUCCACUGAAGCCCUGGUGUGGUGGUUACCAGUGGUCGAUACUGGAACAGGCCUGCAACAGUACAUUGAGGGAUACCAGGUCAAAUACUGGAGAAAGUACGAUGACCCAGAGCCGGGAGCCCAUCGCAUAUUUGUUACAGCUGCAGUCAAUCAGACCAGGCUGGAGAACAUGCUGCCAGACGCGCACUACCUCAUCGAGGUCCGUGCCUUCAAUGGAGCCGGCCUUGGACCACCUGGUGAACACUGUGAGAUGUUCACUAAGAGACCUCCACCACCAGAGCCUCCCAGGAUGUGGCGCUAUAUCUCUUGGACAGGAAAGUGGCUGUAUGUGUGGUGGGAUCACAUCCAGUACGACUGGUUCGGCGAUAUUUCAUUCCCACUGUACUACAAGGUCAUGUUCAGAAAGUCAGGCUACAUCUACGGGAAAGUCUACAUCACUGGCUGGCACUUCAUGGACUUCCCCAUGCCUCAGGUUGGCGACUAUGAGCUGAUGGUGCGUGGUCGUUAUGAGGGAGGAGAUGGACCAAUCAGGAAGAUUAAGAUUCUGGGUAAAGCAUCGAUGAUCACACCCAAUCUAAGCCUGGCAUCUUUGGUGGUGCUGGCACUGUGCAUUGUGGGAUUGGAAAUUUAAGCCUUCCUUAAGUGACAUGUAUAUAUAAAGACUCUGGAAAGCAGAUAAGUGGAUUUAAUAAGCAAGCUUCACCUCCAAACACUCUUGUUAAGAUCCAACAUCGUGCAUCUGUUCUGCUGUAACGCCACAUUUUAAGCAGUUGUUUCACAGAAAUAGAAUUUAUUGAGUCUUACAAUUUUUAGAGAUGUUGACUUUAUUAGAAGAACUACAGGAUACAUGCAGUAAACAUGUGACCCCUGCAUACGUGUGUUUGCAAUUCAGGCUACAUCCACACUACUAUGUUUUCGUUUGAAAACGCAUCCACGAUGCUACGGAUACGCUCACAUGACUCCACGAGUCGCAAAAACGGAGAAGUGUAGAAAUGGUGGUCUGCGUUUUAGUCUGGACGGAAGAACUGAGAUCUCUGGAAACAAUGACGUAGAUGCAACCACUUGCUGAUUGGAUCUUCUCAGUUACAUCAACAAAACCACCUGCAUUACAUUAUAGCCUCGGCUACCGGUGUAGAACGCAACAAGGAGAAUCAAUUACAAGCGCUGCUGACCCUGUUGUCUUUGCUAACAGCUGUUGUGCAGUUGAAUUCUGCAUUUUACAAUGAUACAACUGCUUACGUGCGUAGAAGAUGAAAUAUUGUUCGCGCGAACGGAACUAGCAACCAAAUGUUUCCUGUUUACACCGGCAUCGAUAUGGGUUUUCAGGCGUGUUAGUAUGGAAGGCGGUUAAAACUAAUACGGAGCCAAAAACGCUCAUGUGGACAGAGAUCGUUAAUGUAGUAGUAUGGAUGUAGCCUUAAAGAGAAGAUCUAAAAUGUCUGUGUCAGAAUUAGAUGUUAUACUCAGUUUAACCCAAAGUCAAAAUGAAUGAAGACAUAGGAUAAUGCAGAUAAUUCUGCACACUGUUCAGAUAGAUGGUUAAAUGAAAAAGUUUGCAACACAAUGUGCCCUGUACAUCAUCCACCAUUUAUCUUUAUUUUCUAUUUGCUCCCUCCUGUUUAAAUUAGUUGGACAAACAUUAAUAGUGUAGAAUUAGACCCAAAGAGUGUUUUUUUUAGUUUGGUUAAUAGCGAUAAGCAAUAACUCAAAUGCUCAGAAUAAUGAAUACUCUGUAAAGAACUGCAUAAUGUGUCAUUUUGUUUUAUGUGUAUAUUUAUUUCUCUUUGGAGCACAUAACUCGUAACCACUCACAACUUUACUAGAUUCUAUAAGUUGGUCUCUCUAUUUUUUAUACAUUUUUUUAUUGUUGCCAGGUGUCGGGUACAGAGGAUGCUUGCACGACAUGAAUUUCUUGACAUCCUCACCAGAAUCAUUAGCAGAUGCUAUUUGAGUUGUAGCUGCACCAGUGGAAGCCAUAUCACUUUGUUAACUCCCUUCGAGACCAGUGAUGGUUUUUGACAGUAGAAAUGUACUAUUUUAAUGAAACUACUGUAUUACACAAGCUAGGUUUUUUUUUUUUGGUCAUGCUACAAAACCAUUAAAAUGGACCAUAUUAACCAAC